AUGGGUGUGGUGGGGAGGAGGGAGCCCCUGGUGCUGUGGUCCACCAGGGCCCUCCUCGACUCCGUGCUCAGCCCGGUGAAGGCGGACGGGGAGGGAGGCGGCGGCGAGACAGGGGAAGGCGCUGCUCUGCUGCCGGCCCAGAAGGCUCCGCCGCCGGCGGGCCUCCGGCUGAGGGCGGGGAUCCUCCGGCGGGGCGGCGGCGCGGAGGGGGAACCGGAGGUGUUGGCUGACACGGUGGGCGUCUCUGCUUCGGCCCUGAAGAGUCUCUCUCUAACCUCUGGGUCUUUGGUAAGCUCUCCACCUUCAUCUCUCCCCCUCCUCCUCCCCUAAGAUGUUCUUAUUUCUCAGCUUCGCCAUGAAAGCCGAGCUUGGAACUCUCUGCCACCAGUAGAGUACCAGAUUUCGUAGAGGGAUGGGGACUUUUCUGGAUUUGCUAGCUCCCUGACCAGUCUCCACUGGGUUUUACGGUCUUCGGCAAUCCAUAGGAUAAAAGAUAGAAUUGGACUCUGAUAGAACUCGAACCGGGCAACGCUAUGGUAUCAUCUCCAGCCAACGCUAUGGUAUCAUCUGCGGCGAAGAAUUUGAUGCCAAUCCUUGAAACCAGAUUCUUUGGCUGACAGAAAUCCACUGACAUCCCCCUUCCCCGUUGAAUUGGCAAAUCUAACUGAAACCCAUUCUCUGCGCCACCUGAAUCAGCAUCAGAAACAUCAUAAAUAUUGUGGGAACUAUUUAUCGCAGGGCAGCGUCAGAUACUUUCAUGGUUUGGAAUUCAUGGCCUUGAAUGAUUUUCUUUUCAAAUUCAUUUCCUUUACCCACCUUCAAUCUUUCCAACCGUUUUCCAGAUUCUGAUCAAGAAUACAUCGACGAAUGUGGGAAGGGUCGCGAGAAUUCUUGCUCUUGGCCAGCCUGAGAGACGAGCAGCAAUUCAAGCCGAAUCGCCUUCUCAGCAUCUUGCGAUGGGGAUCUUCCCACUGCAUUCUCAUGACUCUAGUGAGAUUUCUCAGCCUGAUGGGGGUAUCGCCUAUAUCUCUCCACUUUUAGCCUUCAGUAUGGGGCUGCAUUUAUCAGCCUUCAACGUCCUUCUUCAUGGCGGAAAGGAAGGCAUAGAGUCCUUGUUCAGUUCCGAACGUCGUGAGUUGGACAGAAGAACUGCAGUCUCUGUGGAGCUUGCUCCUCUGUCUCAGGUGCCCAGAUAUGCCUCACACCUGCGGAUAUCCUUUGUGAGGACGCCAGAGUGCAGCCUGCUCGAAUCCCUGCGUGGAAGCUCGCCGACGGAAGCAGAAGAUCGCCAGAAGUUGAUCGACUCAUCUUUAAGUGAUUAUUUCAGCGUUGAUAGGUUCCUUGCAAGGGGUGAUGUCUUUGGCGUGAAUCUAAACUGGAAUUGUUGUUCGGAGAUGUGUGUUGCUUGCAGCCGCAAGGACCAGAGAAGACCCUCUGCUGAUCUGAUCUACUUCAAGGUAUGCAAUUUUAUGGGUUAGUGUUGUUCUUUUCAUGAUCCAUGGCCCGUCGUUUGCUCUCUUUUCUUCUGAUAAAGUCCACAACUUAUAUAGGAUGACUGUCUUGAUGCUCAUGCAUGAAGAACCAUUAUAGGUUUUGUUCCAGUUAAAACAUUGCCUUUCUGAGCUGCAUUUGACUUUUGCCUGUGAUUCCUUUUGACUUAGAGAAAAGUUCAUGAUGGUUUGUCUUAUAGAAUAGUUCAGAAUAAGUAGAAGAAUUUCAGAAAAGUUCUUUCUUUCUGCAGGUUGUGGCUAUGGAACCGUUGGAAGAUCACAUUCUUCGAGCCAACUGUAGAAAUACGGCGCUUGUGCUCGGAGGACACAUGCCAUCUCCUGUUCCUCCUCAUUCACUGGUGGGGGGGAUCAGUGGGCCUGUUCCUUUGCAGAUGGACGCAGUGAGAAAUAUGGCCUCUAUCUUUGUACCCACCUUGUGCCCAUCUGCGCUUUCAUCAAAAUUGAGAGUGGCGCUGCUUCUGUUUGGUCCUGCUGGUGAGACAUGGUACCCUCAAGACUCUUUGACAGGAUUGCAUGCACACUUUUAAUGGAGGUUUAGGGUUCUAUUUUGAAAAAUAUCUCCUCGCAGAUUGUGGGAAGAGAACUGUUGUCAGAUAUGUUGCGCAUUGCCUUGGACUGCAUUUGGUGGAAUAUAGCUGUCAUGAUUUGAUGUCAGCCUCAGAAAAGAAAGCAUCUAUUGCUCUCGCACACGCCUUCAGUACUGCUCAAAGGUAUUUCCAAUAUCGGUUCUCCUUCUUCAGAAAGUGGCUCCAUUUUGCUACUUCCGGUCCCUCUUAUGGAUAUGAUUAAUUUAUUUUAUGUUUUGUUUCGUAUCUCCACACUGACCGCACUGUAGCAGUACAAUUUUCUGUGUAUUUUCAGUGGAUCCGCCCAAUAACAUCAUAUGGGUAGUUUUUGUGAAGUUUUGAAUGUUAUUUUUUUGUAUUUCACGAAAAAAAUAUAUCAAUGGUAACAACCUGUGUUGCAUUGAUUUAUUGUGUGCUCCAUUAGCUUGUUGCUAACUUCUUGAUUGAUAAUAUUUUGGUCAAAUUAUUCGAACUUUUUUGGCUUUUUCUGAAAACUAAACAUUGGAAUGUGAUGACAGAUGUUAGAAGCAUUUCAAAUGUAUGCUAGAUGCGGUUUAAUAGUCAACGCAUUCAUUUCUUGUUGAUUUAACUUUCAUAGACACGUGAUGACCUGGGUUUUUAAUCCGGGCCCAGAAUAAGGAGUAUGUUUUUGAGAUUAUUUUCCACUCAGUUGCUUUACUUCAUAAAUUAAAUCUCUUUCACUCUGGGUUUGCCCGUUGAUUUCUUCCAUUGAAAUUUGUACAUUGUUGAUGCUGUUUUAGACAGCAUCAGGUGGGAGUAACCCAUAUGUUUUGCCACGGGUUUAGCCCACCCAUACACUGUUUUGGUGGAGUAGUUUUUUUUAUAUUUUUAAUUUAUUUUUAAAUACAAACAUCUCCAGUUUAUGCUUCCAUGCUCUGACUUUUCGUACUGCCUGCUGUUACAUGCAUCCUGGACUAAUAAACAGUUUCGAACCACUUUCACUCAAUACUGAUUCUUCUUCAUUCUGGCGUCUAUGAUGCUAACCAUUGUUUGGACAACAGAUAUGCUCCUUCCAUACUUCUUCUACGCAAUUUUGAGGUGUUUGGAAAGCUGCAAGGCAAUGAUGGUUCACCAUCUGAUCAAGUUGCCAUCGUGUCGGAAAUCGCAUCUGUUGUCAGGGAGUUCACUGAGCCUCUUCCUGAAGAACAAACCCAACCUUCCAGCCAUGUAUCUAAAGACGAUCCUGUACGCUGCAGUUAUUUCUUAUCUAGAUUGCUUGCAUCUCCUCAAGUUUUAGUUUUUUACGCAUGUCUAAAGGGGUAUAUCGUGUGAUGGUCAGGCAAAUGGGCAACGCGUUCUUUUAGUUGCUGCUGCAAACAACUCUGAUGGCCUGCAGCCAUCCAUCCGGCGUUGCUUUAGCCAUGAGUUGAACAUGAACCCAUUAUCGGAAGCACAAAGAGGGGAGAUGCUUUUGCAGUCAGUUGAAGGCGUCUCCAAUGGCCAGAGUCAUGUAUGGACAUGCACAUCAAUAAACUUUGACCUUCCAGACAUGUACUCUGGCUAUUUCAAGUUAUUGUUGGAUCGCUUCAUCCGGUGUUUUUGCUUUUUUUUCCCCAGCAGUUUGGUCCAGAGCUUCUAAAGGACAUUAUUGGACAGACAUCAGGCUUCAUGCCCCGGGACAUUCGUGCUUUGGUCGCCGAUGCUGGCGCAAUGUUUGUUUCUAGACUCCCAAGUUCCACAGAAAAAUUUGGAGCAGAAAGUAGUAAUGGCAGCAGAGUUAUCCGUCCCCUUCUUAGCGAUGAAAUUUCUGGAGAAUAUGGAGCCGCUGACCUUUGCAAGGACUUAUCCAAAGCAUUAGAGCGAUCAAAGAAGCGAAAUGCAUCUGCCCUUGGUACCCCCAAAGUGAGAAACUCUUCCUCGUCUUUAAACGGGAGUAGAUUCCCCAAUGAGAAAUCGAUACUCUUCUGCUUGGUUCGCGUAGUUAUCUUCGUAAUUAUUCAUUUAAAAGUCGGAUUAUCCCGCCUAAACGAAAUUUUCUCCUCAUCUUUUCUCUCAUGAACUGAGUGGCCAUGCCUCAUCUUUAAAUCACUUGAUGUUCUCUGGAGACUCAUUUUACUUGUCAGACAGGUUCCAAAUGUGAAGUGGGAAGAUGUUGGUGGACUUGAAGAAGUAAAGAGAUCCAUUCUGGACACCGUCCAGGUGGGGUUAUCUUUCAUGUUCAUGCUUGCUGCUUUUCUACAUGGAAUCGUCAGUUUCUUUUGUUCUUCAUUUUAGUUUGCACCUCGUACAUUAAUGGGUAAACGUCUGGCAGUUUAAAGGGAAACCCAGUUUUCCUGAUUGAUCUAAAUGCUUUUGACUCUUUUUUUCCCCUCCUCCAGCUGCCGCUUCUCCACAAGGAGUUAUUUUCAUCUGGGCUCCGCAAGCGUUCAGGUGUUCUUCUUUAUGGCCCUCCUGGGACAGGGAAGGCAAGUAUAUUUGUCUAAGCUUAAAAAAAACGCUAUUUUUUAAUUAUUAGUAUUAUUAUUAUUGAAAUAUUUCUUUUGCCUUAGCUUGAAUUUGACAAAAGUGAUUGAUUCUCAUCUGCCAUCAUGCUUAGACAUUGCUGGCAAAGGCUGUGGCAACGGAGUGCUCCUUGAAUUUUCUGAGCGUUAAGGGUCCUGAAUUAAUCAACAUGUACAUUGGAGAAUCAGAGAAAAAUGUGCGGGACAUAUUUGAGAAGGUCUGCUUUCUUCUUGGAUUCUGGGUGCCCCAAAACCUUGAAUUAUACUGAGAUAAUGACAGUAAGUCUUUACCUCUGACAAAAGGCCAGGUCAGCUCGCCCUUGUGUCAUCUUCUUUGAUGAGCUGGAUUCCCUCGCUCCAGCUCGAGGGGCCUCCGGCGAUUCCGGCGGCGUCAUGGACAGGGUAGUUUCUCAGGUAAAUAUCGUAUACGACUUUUGGGCAGUGGGAGAGGAAGCAAUGCUUACGGUGGGGCUCUUGGAUCAUUAACCCAUCCGGCCAGGCUCAAAGCUUCAUCUGGUUCCGUUUGGAGACCCUGACCGAGAAAUGCCAUGAUUUUUUUUUCCUACACUGAUUUUCUGGUUGAGUAAAUGUAAUUUAACGUUUCUUCCCUGCAGAUGCUUGCAGAGAUCGAUGGCCUCAGUGAGUCCAAGCAGGUCCUCUCCUGAUUCUUUUCUCCAUGCGUGGACUGUUGCUUGGUUCUGACAAGAUCAAAUCUUUUCAUCAGGCUUACAUACCCAGAUAAAUAAAAGAACAAUUUGAGCAUUUUCUUUCUCCCUUGCAGGACCUGUUCAUCAUUGGGGCAAGCAACAGGCCUGACCUUAUUGAUCCAGCGCUCCUUCGUCCAGGCAGGUUUGAUAAGUUGUUGUAUGUUGGAGUCAACACCGAAGCAUCCAAGAAGGAGAGGUAAGCUGCGGCGCGGGCACGAUUCCAUUGGUCUUUCUUCAACAUUGUGGCGUCCUGAACGGCCUUUUUUUUAUAAUAUUUUUCAGGGUUCUUGUGUCUCUCACUAGAAAAUUUAAACUGCAUAAGAAUGUUUCUCUGUCUUCGGUCGCAAAGAGAUGCCCACCCAACUUCACUGGUGCGGAUAUGUAUGCACUGUGCACCGAUGCUUGGUUUCAUGCUGCAAAGCGCAAGGUGAUCUCUAUGUUAUUUACUAGAAAUAACAUAUAAAUUAUAUAUAUAUAUAUAUAUUUAUUGGUCAUGAUCAAUACUUUUUGUUCAUGCUCGAAAUUAAUAAAUUACAGCCUGUUCUUCCGGCCUACAAAGAAGAAAAUGUUAAACAUGUGAUUUAUUUAUUAAAUCGAUAAUGGCUUCUGAAAAUCUUUCGUAUCAGGUGGGUGGGUGCUAUGGUGUUUAGUUCAACUGCAGUUUUACAGUGUGCGAAGAGGAUAAUUUGUGUUCAUCAUAUCUUAUGCCUCUGCGAUUUUGAUGAUUUAUGAUUCGAGCUAUGUUUUAAUAACAUGCGGUCAGAGUUUAUUCGUGUUGGAAAUGAAUAAACUGUAAUGUUUUCCUGUGGUCUACACUUGAGAAAAACUAUGGUUAUGUUUUUUAAUUUUUUUUAUUUUUUAAUAAUCAUGCAGCUUUAAAAGGAAAAUUGUGGUUAUGCUUCCUGCUCAUUCUAGUUGAUCAUCUCCUAUCCUUGCAUAUUGUGUUAGAACGAUUUCUCAUUUUAUUUUUUUUAAUAAAAUAUUCUUUUGGGUUGUUCUUCAGGCGUCUCCCCAACUUUCCGACUCCGAAGGUGGUGUCAUUGAUGAUCCUAAUGCAGUCAUUGUUGAGCUUGACGACUUUGUGAAGGUACCUUGAUAUAAUUUUUCUCCCAGACCACCCAAACCAUGCAUUUGGAUUAGAUUCUGGUAGUCUGGUCAAUUGGGUACAAACUUUCAAGCGAAAUAAUACGAAUUUUAUGAUCAUUAAACGAUCAGAUUCGAAUAUUUAUGCUCAUUAAGCUGAAAUAAUGAGAAGAAUAUCGGAUAAUUCCCAUAUUUCUGAAAUAGUGAAAAUUAUUUCCGAGUGUUUGACUCAAUAUUCAGGUAUUUCUGGUUAAUUUCAUUGAAGGAUCGAACCAAAAUCAUGAGAACUAUAUCUGCAUUAAAGCAUUGCAUUCCCAUAUUUCCCAUUUUUCUGCAUUUAAAGCAUCACAUAACGAUCAAACCGAGCUAUAGAGAGCUAUGCCCACGAGAAAACAUCAGAUUCGGAUAUUUCUGGUUAAUUUCAUUGAAGAGUAUAAACUGCAAUAAUGAGGACUAAAUCCACCAUAAGAUAUCAUCACAUUCCUAUAUAUUUAUAGAUAAUUGCACAGCUGUAAUAAUAUCAUUCUCCUCUGUCUCGUUUCAGGCCCUGGGAGAGCUGAGUCCCUCUCUCUCAAUCUCCGAACUGAGGAAGUAUGAGCAGCUGCGCAGCCAGUUUGAAGGUGGAAAAUAA